AUGUUUGUUGGGGUUGGUGCCUCGAGGGUGCGUGACCUUUUCAAGAAGGCUAAAGAGAAUGCUCCUUGUAUUGUGCUUGUUGAUGAAAUCGAUGUUGUCGGGCGGCAGAGAGGGACGGGCAUUGGUGGAGGGAAUGACGAGAGGGAGCAAAUGCUAAACCAGCUCCUGACAGAAAUGGACGGGUUUGAAGGGAACACGGGCAUUAUUGUAAUUGCGGCUACUCACCGAGUUGAUAUUCUUGAUUCGGCUCUUUUGAGACCCGGGAGGUUUGAUAGGCAGGUAACUGUGGAUGUCCCUGAUAUUCGUGGAAGAACAGAGAUCCUGAAGGUUCAUGCAAGGAAUAAGAAGUUCGAUUCAGAUUUGUCGCUUGAAGUAAUAGCUAUGAGGACACUUGGUUUUAGCAGAGCAGAUCUUGCAAAUCUAUUGAAUGAGGCAGCUAUCCUUGCUAGCCGGCGUGGGAAGACAGCCAUUUCAUCUAAAGAAAUAGAUUACUCUAUUGAUAGGAUAGUUGCUGGGAUGGAAGGGACUGUCAUGACCGAUGGCAAGAGCAAGAGUCUCGUGACGUACCAUGAAGUAGGUCACGCUAUCUGUGGAACUCUUACUCCAGGGCAUGAUGCUGUUCAGAAGGUCACCUUAGUUCCUCGCGGUCAAGCACGUGGUUUGACCUGGUUUAUCCCUGCAGAUGAUCCAACAUUGAUCUCCAAACAACAACUUUUCGCCAGAAUUGUUGGUGGGCUCGGUGGACGAGCUGCAGAGGAGAUCGUAUUUGGCGAGCCCGAGGUCACAACUGGUGCUGUGGGUGACUUACAACAGAUCACUGGUUUAGCCAAACAGAUGGUUGUUACGUUCGGCAUGUCGGAGAUAGGCCCGUGGUCGCUCAUGGACUCGUCGGCCCAAAGUGCGGAUGUGAUAAUGAGAAUGAUGGCACGAAACUCAAUGUCUGAAAAGCUUGCAGAGGAUAUUGAUGCUGCAGUGAAGAGGAUAUCGGACGAGGCGUACGAGAUUGCGUUAAGACACAUACGAAAUAACCGAGAAGCUAUGUGGCUCAGAAUUACAAGGGAAAAGAGAGAACACUCUCAAUUUAAUAAAAACACUCAAACUCAAUUCUUGGAUGCUUAG